AUGUCAGACGAUGAAGAUAAAAGCAAUACUUCUCAUGAAGAAGAAGAAGAUGAUGAUGAUGAAGAAGAAGAAAAUUAAUCAAGCGAAGGAGAUAAAAGCGAUGAAGAUGAAGAUGAGGAUAAAUCUGGUAGUGGAAGUGAAAAAAGUGAUGAGGAUGAUAAUGAAGAUGAAGAAGAUGAGGAUUAAUCUGGUAGUGGAAGUGAAAAAGAUGAUGAGGAUGAUGGUGACUCUGAAAAGUAAAGUGGUGAAGAUAGUGACUCAGAUAGUAGUAAAAAAAAAAAAAAGAAUACCAAAAAAGAUACAAAAAAAGAAGCUGAUAUUAUACCAAAAGAAUUGUAGUAAAAGGAGGAAUUAAACCUGAGUGAACUUUAAAAAAUAAUUACAGAAGUUGGUUCACUUUAGCUUGAAGUUGACUCACUUAUCUCCACAUUUUCAUAUGAAACAUAACAAAAAAUAGGAUAUAAUCCACAUAAAGCUAUACUAUAAAAUAAUUAACAGGGUGCAUUCAUGUAGUUAGGAAACACUAGCUAAAGUAUUCAAAAUCAAAUUUACAUGAAUAAUCGAAAUUUAAAUCUUCAAAAAUCUGUUUCUCCCCCUUACUCUCCAUACAACACUUAUGGAAACUAUCGUUUUUAAAAGGAAUAAAUUCAAAAAGAAAAUAAUUAAUAACAGUAAGUAUUUUAAGCAUAAUAAACUUAUCCUAAAAGCUAGUAGUUAAAUAAAAUAAAUCUUGGAGCUGCAUCUUAAGUUGACUAAAAAUAAAUUUAAUAAGAUCAAUUAAUACAAACAUAGUAGUCACCUAUUCCUAGAAAAGGUUCAAUAGAAGAAAUAGCAGAAAUGUAGGCCAUCCUAGCAAGACAAUAAAAUAAAUAAAUUGAAUAAAUGUAAUAAAAUCAAUAGUCUAAAAAUUAACUGCCAUAGUAAUAAUCAGAUUAAAAAUCUUCCUAUCCAAAUAAAUACUCAGAUACGGGUAGAUCAUAUUAAUAGCAUUAAGAAUAUAAACUUGAAGAUAAUUUUGGAGCUAAACAAUCAGAUAGAUUCCGCUUAAAUAAAGAGUCAUAGAGUAUUAUUGAUAACUAUUAUCAGAAUUUAUACAGAAAAUAAGUACCUCAUAAUAGAAACUACUCGAAUAUAGAAGACUUAUAUAAAUCUAAACCAAAACACAUGUAUGAUGAAGAUGAUUUAAAGAAAAGAAGUAUCUCCCCAUCAACAUCUUCUAAGGAUUAAAAAUUUAUGAGAAACACUGUUUCACAAUAAAAUUUAGCAUAGGGUUACUAGCAUAAUGAUUAAAAGAUAGAUUAAGCUAUUAAAGUUUUGUUAGGUAAAAAGUGA